AUGAGGAUCGCAGAUAUUGGAGGAGUUCUCCUGGAAGCUGCUAAGCUGACGAGGUCCUGGUUUUGUCAGAAGCCAGAUUACGGCUUCUCCCAAAAAGUGGACGAGGAGGAGGGCGGCGGCGGAGUCACUCUACACCCGCCAGACGGAUUCUACUCCCACCAACAUAGUAUACACAGUGGUCACCAUGCGCACAACGCUGAGCCCGACCGCGGCUAUAUGGAGGGCAACAGAUAUGUCACAGCGGUACAUCGGCCAUUGCCUGCUCUAAACCAUUCCAACUCGUCAUGCUCGUCCACAUCGAACGCGUCGACGGGCGCGGGACUGUGCGCGGGCGCGACAGAACCUGCCCCCCCGCUUUACAUCGCCGCCCCACCAGAGGGCUUCGGCCUAGCAGUUCAUACCAACAGGCGGGGCACAGAUGUUGGAAUCAUUGGCACUACCGGAAUAUCGCAAAAAGAUUCAAGUUUACCACAAAAACGUGGCAAAUUGACUCGAGGUCGUUAUGAAAUGUCCCAAGAUCUCCUUGACAAGCAAGUCGAGAUACUAGAAAGGCGAUACGGUGGACUAAGAGCAAGGCGGGCGGCAGUCACGAUACAAAGGGCUUUCCGACGACGACAAUUGUUAAAGAAAUUUAGCGCGAUCACAGCAAUGGCGAAAGCAGCUGAUUCCAACGCAAGGAGAUUGCAAGAUGGUGACCAUCUGCUUGUCAAUGGUAACGACAUUUACGCAAACACACAUCUACAGAAGAGCCCCAGUGGCCAAGAGAAGUCACUCGCGCUUACUAGACCUAUGCGGUCCAUGUCGUUGAGAGAACGACACGACAUUGAUAUGAGUAACCACAUGACAUGCGACCCUCAGAACGAAGUGGAAGCCAUGGUCGCUCGAGUACAACAGUCUGCCCAUCAGAUACAUAUGAUGGCUUCAGAGAUACCUCCUCAUCAUCGUGGUGAUGCUGAUAGUGGGGUGUGCAGUUGUUCUGUAAGCGGAUCGGUGACGAACAUUUCUACAUCUUCCUCGCACAAUGAAUCUCUACACAACCACCAACUAUUAAAUAAUUCAGGUCCUAUAUACGGCAACCUGCUGUCGUCAGGUGGCAAGCCCCUAUCAUCUCCCACCGCGCGUCAGCAACAGCAACUAGCAGCAAUACAAGCGGCGAAUGCAAGACGACUGCCCCCGGAAGUACCGAAACGGACUAGCAGUAUUACACUUAAUGCCGAAAGUCCAGUGUCAUUGAGACGAGCAGAAUGUGGAGGAGCGGUAGUGCGGGGAGGGUCGAUGUCGUCAGUGCAGUCGUCGUCCUCCUCGUCAUCACAGGAGCAUCGUCAUCAUUACCAUCAGCCGUACCAGCCGAGAGCGCCGGAACCCCACAUCCACAUCCAAGAGCAACAGUUCCAGCAACACGCGCGCACAGCCUCCGGCACUCUGUACGAGGGGGAGAGGUACGCGGUGUGGAAGAGACAGGAAGCUCCACCAUACUACGAGGCACCACCUCCGGCCACCUGCUGCAGGCCACAACAUGAUCACCACCAGCACACCCACCAACCGCCGCUAAAGGUAUCAGAAACAGUCCGCAAACGCCAGUACCGGGUGGGACUGAACCUGUUCAACAAGAAACCUGAACGUGGCAUCGCAUACCUUAUCUCGCGAGGGUUUCUCGAGAACUCUCCGCGCGGUGUCGCGCGCUUUCUCAUCACCAGGAAAGGCCUCAGCAAACAGAUGAUUGGCGAAUACUUGGGCAAUUUGCAGAGCCAAUUCAACAUGGCUGUGUUGGAGUGUUUCGUCAACGAGCUUGAUUUGUCCGGUAUGGCGGUAGAUGUAGCCUUACGCAGAUAUCAGGCUCACUUCAGACUGCCUGGCGAGGCUCAGAAGAUAGAGCGUCUGGUCGAGGCCUUCGCGAGGCGGUACUGCGUGUGUAACACCGACUUUGUGCAACGGCUACGUACUCAGGACACGAUAUUCGUAUUAGCAUUCGCAAUAAUAAUGCUAAAUACGGACCUGCACACGCCAAACCUGAAGCCCGAGGCUCGCAUGUCGCUGGACGACUUCGUGCGAAACCUCCGUGGUAUAGACGAUUGUGGGGAUAUCGAUAGGGACAUGUUGGCCGGGAUCUACGAUAGAGUGAAGGCGAGCGAGUUCAGGCCUGGAAGUGAUCAUGUUACGCAGGUGAUGAAAGUGCAAGCAACAAUCGUGGGUAAAAAACCCCACCUGGCCCUCCCGCACCGGCGGCUAGUAUGCUACUGCCGGCUGUAUGAAAUACCUGAUAUACAUAAGAAGGAGCGUCCUGGUGUACAUCAGAGAGAGGUGUUCCUAUUCAACGAUCUGCUAGUAAUAACGAAGAUAUUCAGUAAGAAGAAGUCGUCAGUGACGUACACGUUCCGACAGUCGUUCCCGCUCUGUGGGAUGCUUGUCAAUCUGUUUUCAGUGCCACAUUACCCAUUCGGUAUUCGUCUCUCGCGCCGCGUGGACGGGCGUCGGCUGGCGACGUUCAACGCUCGCAACGAGCACGACCGGUGCAAGUUCGCGGAGGACCUGCGCGAGAGUGUAGCCGAGAUGGACGAGAUGGAGGCUAUGAGGAUUGAGGCGGAGUUGAAUAGAGGCAAGCGGAGCACGGGCAACUCCGGAAGGAAUGUAAUGGAAAACCGGGACAGUGGAGUGGCGGAUGUGGAAAUUGAUCACCAACAGUGCAUGGACCACGUGCACGUUCAUGGUGUGGUGGUGCCCCCUCCCCCCUCGUGCCCCGCGCCCGCGGCGCCCGCGCGCCUGUCGCAGAACCCCCCACCGACUAGCAUCAUCAAGCGGAACGUGCUCAGCAAUUCACUCGUUGAUAUAAAUGAUCCUGUGGCAUUAGCGGCUGAGCGUCUCCAACGGCGUGGCUCAGUGGGCUCGCUGGACAGCGGCAUGUCGGUGUCCUUCCAGCAGGGGAGCCGCACCGCCCUGCACGCCACGUCCCCGCGACACCCGCCCGACCAGCGCUCGCCUGGUCGACUUUUCGGAGGCAUAUUUCCCGGGCGUCAAAGAAAACUAAGCGCAUCAGGUGUUCCAGACACCAAAGCAGGGGUCGGCAAGAGCACAGAAGUA